AUGCACCCACUUAUAUUUGAACUGCCCCCACUUACAUCUGAACAACACCCUAAAAAAUCUGAUCAUCCCUCACAAUCCUCUAAAAAUUCUGAACCACCUAAAACUUCUGAACAAUCACAAAUUUCUAAACCCUCUUCAAAACCUUCUGCACAACCUCUGAAAACUUCUGAACAACAUAUUCCCCCUAAAACUGAAGAACUCCCUGCAACAGAAAAACAACCAGAAAACACUGAACCCACUUAUAAACCUUCUGAACAACAUCCAAAAACUUUUGAACCAAAGAUGCCCAUUGAAACAGAAAAGACCCAUAAGAAAGAGAAGCCACCAGAAACUUCUGUACUACCUUUAGAAAAUUCUGAACAACCUUCACAAACUUCUGUACCACCCCCUCCAGAAACUUUUGUUCCACCUCCAGAAACUUCUGUUCCACCUCCAAAAACUUCUAUACAACCUCCAGAAACUUCUGUACAAGCACCUUCAGAAACUUUUGAACUUAUUAGUGGAGGCAAUGCUAACAAUACAAUUGUGCCCAUAUAA